AUGCGUUGGAGCUUGGUGCGAAAUCCUACCAGUGGUUCUCGAGCUGCGCUUGGGCUAAUUCCAAAACAUCAUGCCCUGUUUUCCUCUUCUCGUUGGUUUUUGGGUAUUUGUGACGCAGAUGUGGCAUUCCGUUAUCUCAUGAGUGAUCGUUCUGCGCAGCGCCCAGGAGUUUUCGUUAUCUUUUCGCCUUUCUGUCUGAAUCCGGACCCAAGCGAUUAUCGUCCAUUUUUGUUAAUGUGUUUAUGUGAAAGAGUUGAAAAAAUUGAUGGGGCCUUAUCAUAUGACUGCAAAGACUUAAUUGAUCCCUGUGGCUCUGAAUUCUAUUCUCGCGAGCUUGAACUAUGCAACUGUUCUGAGCUAAAGAAAGAGCAGUUAACUAAGGACGGGCAAGCAAAAAAGAAGGAGAAGAAGAGACGCUCAAAGAUCAAAGCGAUGGGUACACCUGAUGAGCAACAACCUCUUGCAGAUGCUGCAAUCAUCACUGCUGCAGAUGACGAAGAAAAAGAUAUGGACAAAAUCGCUGAGCUGAUUACGUCACCUUUUACAUAUAAAAUGCUAACCAUCACGAGAUCUGCUUUUGGACACUAUGAGUUGUUUGGAAAAAGAUACCACACACUCUACGAUCUCGUAUAUCACCUAUCUCAAACAGAUUCCGAAUUACCGCAGAGACUAGUCUACGAAACGCUUAGCAUGCGAGUCCUUUAA